AUGCCUAAACAACCUGUUCGCGGCGUGCGUGCGCCUUUGCGGGCCUUCAGCCAACCAGCUCAACAGGCAGCCUGGAAUGGCGCAUGGAGAAGACUCUUUACAUCACAGGCGCAAAACAAGACCGCGCGUCAGCUUUUGAGAUGGAAGGCCAUCCCUUGGGAUAGUGUAAUGGCCAGACUGAGGAGCGCUCGCUUCGGGAUCGGUUCUACGACAACACCAGGCAUGCUCCAAGGCGUAUUAAGGCGUGGUUUUCGAUUUACCACAAAGCGCAAGACAAACAAGAAGCCGACCGUUGGCCAAGCCGAGGAACCAAAGGGCCUCACCGCCAAACUCAAGAAGCUUACAAAGGAAUACGGCUGGGUCACUGUUGGCGUUUACCUCGGGCUGACCGUUCUCGACUUCCCAUUCUGCUUCCUGUUUGUUAGAAUGGUUGGCGCUGAUAAAAUCGGCGAGGUCGAACAUCGUGUGAUGUCGUCAAUCAAGCAGAUGAUUCCCGAUACUGUUCGGGAGGCCUGGCACACCUACUGGCAGUCGUUCAAGAAGGCUGAGGCGAGAGCACUUGGCGAUGACGAUAUCAGUGACAAGAUGGAGAUGGCCACAUGGGGUGUUGAGAAGGCUGAGGAACGCAAUCGUACCGAUGCUAGUUUAGCAACUCAGCUGGCGCUGGCGUACGCGAUUCACAAGAGCUUCAUCUUCAUUCGAGUGCCGUUAACGGCCGCCUUAACACCCAAGGUCGUCAAGAUCCUUCGAUCAUGGGGCUAUAAGAUCGGAAAGAAGAAGGCUUAG